AGCCAGAAAUUCAGCGGGGCCUCGGACGCUGCCCGAGAUCAGAGCAAGGCCAAGAAAGAGGAGCCCGAGGAAGAGGAGGCUGACAUGAAGGCAGUUGCCACCUCGCUGGACGGCAGGUUCCUAAAGUUUGAUAUUGAACUCGGGAGGGGAUCCUUCAAAACGGUCUAUAAGGGUCUGGACACGGAGACGUGGGUGGAAGUUGCAUGGUGCGAGCUUCAGGACAGAAAACUCACAAAGGUAGAGAGGCAGAGAUUUAAAGAGGAAGCAGAGAUGUUGAAAGGUCUGCAGCAUCCAAACAUCGUGAGGUUUUACGACUUCUGGGAGUCCUGUGUGAAAGGCAAAAGGUGCAUCGUGCUGGUGACCGAACUGAUGACCUCUGGAACGCUGAAGACGUAUCUGAAGAGAUUUAAAGUGAUGAAACCAAAAGUCUUGCGUAGUUGGUGCCGGCAAAUCCUGAAGGGUCUGCUUUUCUUGCACACAAGAACUCCACCAAUAAUUCACAGAGACUUAAAAUGUGACAAUAUUUUUAUUACUGGACCAACUGGAUCUGUGAAGAUCGGAGAUUUGGGUCUGGCCACCCUGAAGAGAGCUUCGUUUGCCAAAAGUGUAAUAGGUACACCAGAAUUCAUGGCCCCGGAAAUGUAUGAGGAACACUACGAUGAAUCCGUGGAUGUCUACGCUUUUGGAAUGUGCAUGUUGGAAAUGGCUACCUCAGAAUACCCUUACUCAGAAUGCCAGAAUGCUGCUCAAAUUUACCGGAAAGUAACCUGUGGUAUAAAGCCAGCAAGCUUUGAGAAAGUUACUGAUCCUGAAAUUAAGGAGAUAAUUGGGGAGUGCAUUUGCAAAAAUAAAGAAGAAAGAUACGAAAUUAAAGAUUUAUUAAGCCAUGCCUUUUUUGCUGAAGAUACUGGGGUAAGAGUGGAACUUGCAGAAGAAGACCAUGGUAGGAAAUCCUCUAUUGCCUUAAGACUCUGGGUAGAAGAUCCUAAGAAACUGAAAGGAAAACCCAAAGAUAAUGGAGCCAUUGAGUUUACUUUUGAUCUGGAGAAGGAAACUCCUGAUGAUGUUGCACAAGAAAUGAUUGACUCUGGAUUUUUUCAUGAAAAUGAUCUCAAGAUCGUUGCGAAGUCAAUACGCGACAGAGUAGCACUGAUCCUGUGGAGGAGAGAGAGGAUUUGGCCUCGGAUGCAGUCGGAGGAACGUCGGGACUCGGAGUGCCUGGAGAAGGCGAAGACGCCGCAUGCGCAGCAGGUCCAGGUCACCUACCUGUCCCACGCCGGCCACCAUGCGCUGUCGGAGUCGGAGGAGCCCGAGGCGGACCAGCACCCCUUCCAGCAGAACCUGCCCACCAGCGCCGCGUCCGUCGCCUCCGACAGCACGUUUGACAGUGGCCAGGGGUCCACCGUCUAUUCGGACUCCCAAAGCAGCCAGCAGAGCGUUGUCUACUCGUCGCUGCCGGAGCCGGUCCCUCCUGCCAUCCAGCGCGUGUACAGCCCACCUCUGAGCGAGAGCCAGGCUGUGCCCCACAGCCUGCAGCCGCUGGGGCACUACCAGCAGCCCUCGGCAGUAAAGCGUGGGCGCGUCAUGUCCUUCGGCAGUGCUGUGGCUCCGUGCCGCGGCCCCGGCGCGGACGUGCCCAGCCUGCCAAGUCCAGCCCCGGCCAAGAUUCCUCAGUUUCCUGUCAUUCCUGCGCUUACUCCUCUGGCAGGGCUUGACAGCCUGCCUCCAAACCUCUCCGAUAUACCUGCUGCAAACGUGCCCCCCAUCCCUGCUCCUUCGCAGUAUUUCGCUCCGGCCGUCAUUUUGCCCAGCCUCCCCAUGAACCCCGCGCUGCCCAUGGCGCCCAGCUCCCCCGCCCUCCCCAUGCAGGCCCUCAACCUUCCUCACACCACCGUGGCUUCUUUGGUCUUGCCCUGCCAAACGCCUGCCUGCGCCCGCCGCGGGGCACCAGCCGUGUGUUCGCAGAUGCACGGACACGCUCAGUACGCUGUGGAAGCUGGAGCCCAGGUGCCCGUGCUGCCUGUGCAACCCUCGAUAGAGCAGGCAAUGCAGGACAAACUUCAGACUCUCUCACAGAGCUGUGACAGCUACAUGAGUCCCGAUGUUGCUUCGGGCAAAGAGAUGAGUGACAGCUUUGAAGGAGCAAUAGGAGGUGGAAAACAAGAAGGGAAGUCUUCAAAGAAACAUAAGAAAUCUACACGCGCUCGUUCACGCCAGGAGAAGACCAGCAGGCCAAAACUGACCAUCCUAAAUGUUUGCAACACGGGGGACAAGAUGGUGGAGUGCCAGCUUGAAACACACAAUCACAAGAUGGUGACUUUUAAGUUUGAUUUGGACGGCGAUGCGCCAGAGGAGAUUGCGACUUACAUGGUAGAGAAUGAAUUCAUAUUGCAGAGUGAAAAAGAGACCUUUAUUGAACAAAUGAAAGAUAUUAUUGAUAAGGCAGAAGACAUGCUCAGUGAAGAUACGGAAGGAGAACGAAGUUCUGAUCAGGGGACGAGUCCGCAGCAAGAUACCGACAGGCUGGAGAUGAACGAGGAGAAGCGGCAGUCUCAAAUGAAGACACCCGUGUACCAACAAAACGUUUUACAUACUGGGAAAAGGUGGUUUAUUAUAUGUCCUGUUGUGGAAAACUCUACUACGGAUGCACCAGAAUUUUCUCCACCGGUAACUCAGAGCACACAGCAAUCUGAAGGACCAGAACUGGAGCCGUUGGACGACCAGCAAGUGAGCUCCGCGGUGAUGGACCUGCCUGGUGCCUUGCCUGGUCAGCAGCUUCCCCUGCAAGCCGGCGUAUGCGACAGCCCCCAGCAGCAGCCACCGCCCGGCACGGCCGAGUCCGACGGGGAGGGACCGCCCAGGGUGGACUUCGUUGACAACACAAUCAAAAGCCUUGAUGAGAAACUGCGCAAUUUGCUUUACCAGGAAUACGUUCCUACGUCCUCUGCGUCGGCAGGGACUCCAGACCCCUCUGUCCCGCUGGAACAGGGCGACAGCGAAUUGAACUUGCCGCCUUUUCCAGAAGAUCAAGUUCCCGUGUUGGAUUUGAGAGAACCAAGCCAUAAAGUUGCAGAUGCCGGCCAGGAGGUGAAAGCUGCUGCCGAGGCCGUGUCGAUGCCUCUCGUACCACCGGAGACCUCAGCCUACCCGACCCUGUUUGAAAAGUCGGAGGUCGCCGGCAUCGGUGCUUAUUCCUCGGAAGCGAGAGGUGGGUCAGCAAGCAGACAAGGUUCAGCUGCAAGCAUCACUUUGCCUCCUGCUGCUACAACAAAAGGCCUCCUUCAGGUUGCACCUACGUCGUCAAGCAUAACGGAGCAGAUGGAAACUUCUAAAAGGAGCGAGAAGGCAAAGACUACGACUUCGUCUGCACACACGGAUAAUGUAACGCAGAUAUCUGCGGCAGAUGGGGUGAUAAAUAACCUUCAGAGGGAUGACUCUCUAGACUCUGGUUCCUAUGGAAAACAGGCUGAGGCUCACGAUAGCGGCACACCAGCCAAAACUAUUGGCAGGUUUUCAGUGAUCAGCACGCAAGAUGAAUUAACUUUAACGGCGCCGCACUGCUUGAGGUUCUCGGCGCCGCCGGACGUCUAUUUGGAGCUGCCUUCCAGCCCUGAUCUGAAGACAGCCGUCCGACGGGUGCAGACGGCCUCUUCUGUCGAUGUCCUCUGUGACCAGGGCUCGAGCGAUUCUGCUGAGGAGCCUUUCCGCCGGCAGUCGGCCGCCGCGGCUCAGCUGUCCCCCCCGAGCAGCAGUGCAGCCACGGACUUAAUUAAAAAAGCAGCUGCUUUCCUGCAAAGAUCGGGCAAAGGUACCUCGCCAGGCCUCGAUUCGCCUAACGGGCAAGGAACAAAAAUUCCUACCAUCAACAUAACGUCUUUCCACUCGCAGUCGUCGUACAUGAGCAGCGACAACGACUCGGAAUUUGAAGACGCAGAUAUGAAGAAGGAAUUGCAGAACCUGAGAGAAAAGCAUAUGAAGGAAAUUGCUGAACUUCAGACUCAGCAGAAGAACGAGAUAGAGGCACUCUACAUUCGGUUGGGGAAGCCCCUUCCUCCCAACCUGGGCUUCCUUCACUCAGCCCCACCAAGCGGCCGUCGCCGAAGAACCAGCAAAAACAAAUUGAAAGGAGGAAAACUACUGAACCCUCUGGUCCAGCAGCUCAGGAGUGGGACAUCAAGCACAAGUAGGGCCGCCUGCGGGAAGGCUGUUCAGACGCAGCAGCCGUGCUCGGUCAAAGCCUCUCUGUCCUCCGACAUCUGCUCCGGCUUCGGCCCCGAGGGAGGCGACGGGAACGCGAGCUCUGGCCAAGGCUGGACGGUUUUCCACCAAACGUCUGAGAGAGUGACCUAUAAAUCUAGUAGCAAACCUCGUACCAGAUUCCUCAGUGGACCUGUGUCUUUGUCCAUCUGGUCCACCCUGAAACGACUAUGUCUAGGCAAAGAUCACAGUAGUAGAUCCUCAACAAACAGCCUGGUAACGUGUCCUGAGCCCCUCCCGCAAUCAACCCUGCAGGUUCAGGCCAACAACAGUAACAACAAGAAAGGGACGUUCACAGACGAUCUUCACAAGCUGGUUGACCAGUGGACGAGCAAAACUGUCGGAGCUGCACAGACAAAACCUUCUUUAAACCAACUGAAGCAGAACCAAAAAAGGCAAGACAUGGAGCCAAAGGCUAAUCCCAUGCAAAUGCAGAAUGAGACGAGUGGAAGUCUCCGCCUGCACCUCUCGCUCUACAGGCACAAGAUCCCCGCCGAACCCGAUGCGCUGACGACUCCUGCCCCUCGGUUUGGGUCGAAGGAGCAGCUGCGAUGCCUCCGGCGUCUCUCGGGUUCUGCCCGUGACCGCUGCGUCCCGCCGCUCGCAGCCGUCGGAGGGAAGCGGUGCUCCGGAAGUCGCCGAGUGCCGCCCCGCCGGUCACGUUGCCCGAAAGCCCUGCCCGCUGCCGUGCUCGCGGUGUUACGCUGCUACGGGGCCGAGCCGACGGGACCGUUGAACGGGUGCCAUCAAGCAGAUGGUGUCUUCGGCGUCGCUGGUGGUGCACGUGAGGAUGCAAGAGUUUGGUGGGCGGUGAAGGAGGCCCUUGGGCUGUGUCUCUCCGAUGCUGCGAAGUCCUGGGGAAGCCCUUUUAGCUUGAUCCCGGCGCCAUUUCAAUGCGAGGAAGCGAAGAGACGCAGGGCAGCCCCGCCGCGAGCACCCUCGUGGCUGCUCCCCAAGCCAGCGGCCGCGCUGCAUGCCAGGCUGAAACGCAGAUUUCUAGCGGGCAACUCCCUAACUGUUGCGACUUCAGCUGGUGCUGGGGCCACGUAA